GCAGAGAGGGGUAGCAGACACUGAAUGGAAGCCAGUGGAGGAAUUGGCAGAGAGAGAUGGUGGACACUGAAUGGAGGCCAGUGGAGGGAUUGGCAGAGAGGGGUAGCAGACACUGAACGGUUGGUAAGGUGGAGGAGUCUGGCAGUAGUAUUCAUGAUGGACUGGAGGCUGGAUAGCCUAUGUAAAGGUAAGCCAAUAAGGAGGGAGGAUUGUAUGUGGGCCUGAAAGGAUAGUUCAGGAUCCAGGGUUGCCCCUAGCACUCUGGAAUGCAGGGGAUGGGUUGAUAGUAGUAGUGCUAUUGAUCCUGACUGAGAAAUCAGGGGAAGAGGCAUGUGGGGGAGGAAAUAUUAUGAGU